AUGCGCUCGAAAAUAUUUGAUGAUGCCGAACUCGGACGACUACGACGUGAGGCUAUUCCGUCGUCGAAUGAAUCGGCUAUGGCUGGAGAUGCAGCUCCACAUUCGACAGACCAGCAUCCACACGUGGAAGCCGCCCUGGAUCUUCUUGUUGUGGUUGAUUCGAACGACGAUGAAAUAGUCUCCCACGAACUAGAGAAAAUGAGGAGUAUACUGGAAGAGGCGAUUUUGGAAACGCGCAGCACCCCUAUCGAAAAUCGACCGCGACUUCCCCGCAUACCCCUAAGCAAGCGAAAUCGGGCUGUCGUGAGGGCUCUUAACCCAAUGCUGGUGACCUAUUUGGAAGCCAGCCGGGACCUUUGCGAGACGGACUCAAUUCUCUUUGGCGCCGCAGUGGCAGUUUGCCGUAUUAUUGGCGCCAAACUUCCCAUGGCUGGACGCGCUACUACACAAAGUAGCGCCAUCCCAGCCUGGAGAAAAAGAAUCGAGGACCGUAUCGCAAAGGCAAGGGCCCUUAUCGGCAGACUGACAAGCUUCAGGUCGGGUAAUAAUAGACCGAGGAUUAUGCGCACCGUUAGGAUGGCGUUUGCUGGGACAAAUAUCAGUUUGUCCCAGCCGGAUAUCACGCAGAAACUAACGGAGCGCAUAGACGACCUGAAGCAAAAGAUCGCUGCUUGGGGGAAGCGGAUUCGACGAUUUACCGACAGGUCAAGGCGGUUCAACCAGAAUCGUCUCUUCCAGAGUGAUCAGAAGAGGCUCUAUAAAUCAUUGGAGCGGCCAAAGGUAUGUGGAGCGGGCCAAGGACCGGAUCAGGCAGACAUUAUCGCAUUCUGGCGUGGCCUGUGGUCAGAGCCCGUAAACCACAGCGAGGGCCCUUGGAUGGAAGUUGUGGCGAGCCAGGGUGCGAGUGUUACGCCUAUGGACCCCAUCACCGUAACGCCGGAAGACGUGGCUGAGGCGGUCCGUAGGGCCCCGAACUGGAAAAGUCCGGGGCUCGACGGGCUGCAUCAUUACUGGCUGAAGGGGUUCAUAGUGUGUCACGCUGUGCUCGCCCGACAGUUUCAAGAGGCUCUCGACCAGAAGUCGCUCCCGAGCCUCUUCACUACUGGGAUCACUCACUUGGUUCCUAAAGAUCAGGAUACCACAGACCCGAGCAAAUACCGCCCCAUCACGCCUGGGCGUCUCCCGCUAAUUGGCGCCCAAAAAUGGAUGAUGGAUAAGAUUGGAAAACGUAUAGGGCCGCUGCCUGGGGGUCGCCGGGGCACGUCUGGAGCUGGCGCUGGACGCGGCAGCAUGCGGGCCGCCAGCCGAGCGCGAGGAGCUGCAAGAUCACCUAACAGCCCCCCGCAUCCAUCAUCCCCACCAGACGGCUUGAUGUCGGCAGGGUCCUCUCGGACUCGGCAAGCGGCAUCCGCCGCUGGUGGAGUGCGCCGCAUGCGUUGGACAAGGGAUAUGAACGCAAACGCAAUGCGGGCGUACUAUAGGGCGAAAGGGGAAGAAACUGCGGGGAUAGCGUAUCGGGCUCGGAUGCAUUGCUUUUUUGCUGAGCUGGAGCCGUCUAUUCCCGUCACGGAACAAAACCUGGCAGACCGAGUUCGGUACAUCAUGCGCUCGAAAAUAUUCGAUGAUGCCGAGCUCGAACGACUACGACGUGAGGCCAUUCCCUCAUCGAAUGAAUUGGCUACGGCUGGGGAUGCGGCUCCUCAGGCGACAGACCAGCUGCCACGCGUAGAAGCCGCCAUGGAUCUUCCAGUUGUGGGUGAUUCAGACGAUGAUGAAAUGGUCUCCCACGAACUAGAGCAAAUGAGGAGUAUAUUGGAAGAGGCGAUUUUAGAAACGCGCAGCAUGCCUCUCGAAAAUCGACCGCGACUUCCCCGCAUACCCCUAAGCAAGCGAAAUCGGGCUGUCGUGAGGGCUCUUAACCCAAUGCUGGUAACCUAUUUGGAAGCCAGCCGGGACCUUUGCGAGACGGACUCAGUUCUUUUUGGCGCCGCAGUGGCAGCUUGCCGUAUUAUUGGCGCCAAACUUCCCAUGGCUGGACGCGCUACUAAACAAAGUAGCGCCAUCCCAGCCUGGAGAAAAAGAAUUGAGGACCGUAUCGCAAAGGCAAGGGCCCUUAUCGGCAGACUGAUAAGCUUCAGGUCGGGUAAUAAUAGACCGAGGGUUGUGCGCACCGUUAGAAUGGCGUUUGCUGGGACAAAUAUCAGUUUGUCCCAGCCGGAUAUCACGCAGAAACUAACGGAGCGCAUAGACGACCUGAAGCAAAAAGAUUGCCGCUUGGGGGAAGCGGAUUCGCCGAUUUACCGAGAGGUCAAGGCGGUUCAACCAGAAUCGUCUCUUCCAGAGUGA